UGUCUAUCAAACCUCUGCAUUCAAACACACCCAUCCUUGCUGUGUAGUGAUUGUGUGUGAAAUACGAACCGCUGAGCAGCGGUGGUCGGAGUCUGACGACUGGAAAUGGCAAUCACAGUUUCUUAUUCUCGUCAUCAUCAAUUCGUGUCUUCUAAUAAUGGAAUUGCAAUACAACUUCCCAGCAAGAAACUGAUGAGCUUCAUUCGUUGUUCCUCUCCACAAUCCACUCCUAUAGUAAGGCCAGAGUUGUCUAUUCGUGUUGGAACUCAACUCAUUCCACACCCCAAAAAGGUUGCAAAAGGUGGGGAAGAUGCUUUCUUUGUGAGCAGUUACAAUGGUGGAGUUAUUGCUGUUGCAGAUGGUGUUUCCGGGUGGGCUGAAAAGGAUGUGGAUCCAGCACAAUUCUCAAGAGAACUUAUGAGAAAAGCUUCAUCUUUAGUUGAGGAUGAGGAGGUUAACUAUGAUCCACGGAUUCUUGUUAGGAAAGCACAUGCUGCCACCUCUUCCACAGGUUCAGCUACUGUAAUUGUUUCCAUGCUAGACAAGAAUGGGAUUUUGAAGGUUGCCAAUGUUGGUGAUUGUGGGCUUCGGGUUAUUCGCAAAGGCCAAAUAAUAUUUUCCACGUUUCCACAAGAGCAUUAUUUUGAUUGCCCAUAUCAGUUGAGCUCAGAGGCAGUCACCCAGACAUAUCUAGAUGCCACGGUUACAAGUGUGGAUUCGAUGAAGGGGGACAUUAUUGUGAUGGGUUCAGAUGGGCUUUUUGAUAACGUAUUUGAUCAUGAAAUUGUAUCUACAAUUACCAAGCAUCAAGAUGUUGUGGAAGCUGCAAAAGUAUUGGCUGAUCUUGCUUACAAGCAUUCAGUGGACUUCUACUUUGAAUCCCCGUAUUCACUUGAAGCCAGAGCCAGAGGGUUUGAUGUGCCAUGGUGGAAAAAACUUGUGGGACAAAAGCUAACAGGUGGAAAGAUGGAUGAUAUAACUGUAAUAGUUGGUGAAGUGGUAAGCAAUUGAAAUAAUCAAUCAUUGCUUCAAUGGGUAUUGUUCAUAUGUCGAGAGUAAUAUAGAUUUGGUCAAUGUAUAAACAUCCAACAAAUGUUUCCUAUUAAACUUUAGGUUAAGGUUUUUGCAAAGAAUUGAUACAAAUUGUUGUAUUAUUGGUUGUUUGUUGAAGGUAAAGUUUGAAAAUAGAACGCAUGGAAACCCCUUUCACCACCAAA